GCCCCAGGCCAGUGGAGUGGCAGCCCCAUAACCAGGACCGCGGGGUGGUGAGGUGGCCUGGGCGCUGAGAGCUGAGAGCCCUGUUGGAGGCUUAGCCCCCGAGUUCUCUGCCUGCCCCAACCCACUGGCAACACCUCGUUCCUUGUACCCCUUCCUCUCGGGGAGCCCCAAGGAUGGUGAGGUGGUUUCACCGAGACCUCAGUGGGCUGGAUGCAGAGACCCUGCUCAAGGGCCGAGGUGUACAUGGGAGCUUCCUGGCUCGGCCCAGCCGCAAGAACCAGGGCGACUUCUCCCUUUCCGUCAGGUAGGUGGCCUCCAACUCCCACCAGGGCCCGUAUUUUGGCAGCUCAUCCCCGGUUCCCUCAUGGCUGUGCCAACUUCCCAUCCCCAGCCCGAGCAUGUCCCCUGUCCCUGUCUGUGUCCACCCCAUCCCUGUGUGUGCCCCACACUCAGGACCUCAGCCCAGCCCCCACCCCAUGCCCACCCCUACUCCUGCACCCACUGGCCUCACUGCCUGGUACCCUGCAGGGUGGGGGAUCAGGUCACCCAUAUUCGGAUCCAGAACUCAGGAGAUUUCUACGACUUGUAUGGAGGGGAGAAGUUUGCGACGCUGACGGAGCUGGUGGAGUACUACACACAGCAGCAGGGCGUCCUGCAGGACCGUGAUGGCACCAUCAUCCACCUCAAGUACCCGCUUAACUGCUCUGACCCCACCAGUGAGAGGUGGUACCACGGUCACAUGUCCGGGGGGCAGGCAGAGACACUGCUUCAGGCCAAGGGUGAGCCCUGGACGUUUCUCGUGCGUGAGAGUCUCAGCCAGCCUGGAGACUUUGUGCUCUCCGUGCUCAGCGACCAGCCCAAGGCUGGCCCAGGCUCCCCACUCAGAGUCACCCAUAUCAAGGUCAUGUGUGAGGGCGGACGCUACACGGUGGGUGGCUCGGAGACCUUUGACAGCCUCACGGACCUGGUGGAGCAUUUCAAGAAGACAGGGAUUGAGGAGGCCUCCGGUGCCUUCGUCUACCUGCGGCAGCCAUACUACGCCACGCGGGUGAAUGCAGCUGACAUUGAGAACCGGGUCUUGGAACUGAACAAGAAGCAGGAGUCGGAGGACACAGCCAAGGCUGGCUUCUGGGAGGAGUUUGAGAGCCUGCAGAAGCAGGAGGUGAAGAACUUACACCAGCGACUUGAAGGGCAGCGGCCAGAGAACAAGAGCAAGAACCGUUACAAGAACAUUCUCCCGUUCGACCACAGCCGAGUGAUCCUCCAGGGACGCGACAGUAACGUCCCUGGGUCAGACUACAUCAACGCCAACUAUGUCAAGAACCAGCUGCUAGGCCCUGAUGAGAACGCUAAGACCUACAUCGCCAGCCAGGGUUGCCUGGAGGCCACGGUCAAUGACUUCUGGCAGAUGGUCUGGCAGGAGAACACCCGCGUCAUCGUCAUGACCACCAGAGAGGUGGAGAAAGGCCGGAACAAAUGUGUCCUCUACUGGCCAGAAGUGGGCAAACAGUGUGUUUAUGGACCCUACGUUGUAACCAACUGUGGGGAACAUGACACAGCUGAAUACAAACUCCGCACCUUACAGGUCUCCCCGCUGGACAACGGGGACCUGGUUCGGGAGAUCUGGCACUACCAGUACCUGAGCUGGCCUGACCACGGGGUCCCCAGUGACCCUGGGGGUGUCCUCAGCUUCCUGGACCAGAUCAACCAGCGGCAGGAAAGUCUCCCUCAUGCAGGGCCCAUCAUUGUGCAUUGCAGUGCGGGCAUCGGCCGGACAGGCACCAUCAUUGUCAUCGACAUGCUCAUGGAGAGCAUCUCCACCAAGGGGCUGGACUGUGACAUUGACAUCCAGAAGACGAUCCAGAUGGUGCGGGCGCAGCGGUCAGGCAUGGUGCAGACAGAGGCACAGUACAAGUUCAUCUACGUGGCCAUUGCCCAGUUCAUUGAAACCACCAAGAAGAAGCUGGAGGUCAUGCAGUCCCAGAAGGUCCGGGAGUCAGAGUACGGGAACAUCACCUACCCCCCAGCCAUGAAGAACGCCCAUGCCAAGGCAUCUCGCACCUCCUCCAAACACAAAGAGGAUGUGUACGAGAACGUGCACAGUAAGAACAAGAAGGAGGAGAAGGUGAAGAAGCAGCGGUCAGCAGACAAGGAGAAGAGCAAGGGUUCCCUCAAGAGGAAGUGAGCCGGGUGCUUCCUAAGCUGCAGCCCUGAUUCCUAUGGAGGCCUCCAGUGAAUGGAUGACCCACAGCCUGAACCUAGGAGCCCGCUCUCAUUCUGUUGUAAUUUAAAUGGCCGUGUCCCCACCUCCCUCUCCCUGACCCUGUGUAUAGCCCAGCAAGGCCCCAGGCAGGGCCGGGCCCUUCUACUCCUGUAAAUAAAGCCCCUAGGAUCCCUGUG